AUGUCAAAGAAAGUAGCAAUAAUCGGUGCCGGCCCCUCAGGCCUAGUCACAGCCAAAACCCUUCUUCAUAAUUUCCCCGGGACAUUCUCUCCAAUCAUCUUCGACAGCCAAAACAAAGUCGGAGGUCUGUGGUCAAGUCACCUUCAUCCCCCCAAUCAGGUCAAUGGCCCCCCGGUUACACUAGACCCUCGAAUGAGGACCAACCUCAGCCGCUUCACGGUUGCUUUUUCGGAUCUUGCCUGGGAGUCGGUGAUCCCUAACGCGGAUAUUCCGAUUUUUUCCUCAGGCCAGACAGGGUGUAGAGUGGUACGAACGAUACGGAAGGUUGAGGAUGAAGGUGAUCCGAAAUGGAAUGUUCAUUGGGUUCAGGAGGGUGCCGAGCAUGAUGGAGUGUCUUCAGAAGAUUUCGACCUGAUUGUCAUCGCCUCCGGAUAUUUUGCCCAACAGUAUAUUCCAGAUAUACCAGGUCUAGAGCAAUUCCAAGGCCGAAUCGUCCACAGCUCUUCGCUCCAUUAUGAACGAGAGCAGCUGUUUUUUAACGAAACCAAAGAUGUCAAUGACCAGAUCCUUGUCAUUGGCGGCAGCAUGUCAGGCGUCGAAGCCGCAUCUGCUGUGGCUCUCCGCCAAUCCUCAUCUACACUCUCGACAAACAGAAUCCCACAUACCCAAGAGACAAAAGUGCAUCAUAUACAUUCAAGACCUUUCUGGGCCUUACCAACUUAUCUGCCCCACGAGUCUCCCGACGGAAGUCCGUCGUUUUUACCGUUGGAUUUGGCCAUGUACGACCUAGGCCGCCGACCCCCGGGCCCAAUAGACUACGCCUUGGGUCCCAUCCCAGAAGAAAAAGCAGUCAAAACGAACAGUUACUUCCACUCCUUGCUUGGGAGUGACUACGAGAAAUAUGCGCAUAUGCACUCACAUCGUGCCGAACAAUCCAGAACCCAGCCACCAUGGGUCGCCACAGGCAAUGAGUACGCCGAGUUCGUCCGCUGUGGAGUGAUACAAACCUCGAUGGGCCGGGUAACUUCUGUGAAUCCUGACCCAGAUACUAAAAAAGCUUCUGUUCAGUACGAAGGGCCCGACGGGAAAAUGAAGACGAUCGACAAUGUGGCGGCGAUAGUCAUGGCCACCGGAUUCAUGCCGUACAAGUCCCUGUCAUUGCUACCAGAUGAAGUAUUGACAGCACUCGAAUAUUCCAAGAUGGAUCCCUUCUCACCGUUAAUUCUGGACAAGGGAGGUACCGUCCGCUCAGAAAUCCCCGACGUCGGAUUCGUCGGAUUUUACCGCGGCCCGUACUGGGGCGUGAUGGAGAUGCAAGCAAGGUUCCUCGGGAAACUCUGGGGUGGAGAGAACAACGGCAUGGUCUGUGAGACAGACAACCAGAAACAAAGUCUUCGCAGUCUCAGAUUGGCACACCCAGAUCUAGCCCGCGGCCAGUUCCCCAUGGGCGACUAUGUGGGAUUGAUGGAAUCGUUCGCCAAGGAUCUGGAGAUUAGUCGCUCAGCAUUGGAAUCGGGCGAUGGUCGGUCUGGGCCUGCUGUUCCAGCGAGGUAUAUUUAUGGCGAUACCCCAACGCCAGGUAUAGAGAGCGAGGCGGAGAGGACUCUCCGUGCAUUGCGCGACGCUCUUCUCCCUGGCCACGAGACAGCACAGAAGGCCGCAGCGUCGGCUAUCUUUCGGGCUCUGCAUGGGACUUGGAAAUCUUCUGUGCAGACAGUAGGUGCGACUAGAUGUGAGACAUCUGGGACUUUAGCCUUUUACCCGCGGUAUCCGACUAGCACGGCAUAUGAUAGGGAAUAUGUAUGCGUGGAGACCGGACGGGAACAGCCUAAGCAAGAGAAAGUGUGGUUCAUGCGGUUGGCAGAAGCGGGAGAUAUUGCCACUCCCCGAAUUGGGGUAUGGUCUGGCUUGGCGGAUAAGCUGUCGGUCGAUCGACUUGUCCAGGUCUGGGAGUUGAUGCCUCUUUACCGGGAGACGAAAGAGGGGUGUUCUAUUCCUGGGGAGUAUGUUAUCUCCGCCAAGAGUGUUGAUCUGGGUUCUGGGGUCGAGUAUUUGUAUACUUUCCAUUUCAAAGGGGUUUCUAUCUCGUCCUGGGAAUGCGUGGGUAGUUUGGAGGAUAAGGAUAUAGUAAGCAAAGGGAAGUGGGAGCUGACUUCCUAUUCCUAUGUGAGAUACUGA